AUGCCAACGCGCCAGUUUCACCUGCUGCAGCUCCAACUGCUCCUCGGAUUUAUAGUCCUGGCCACUGGUCAAAGGACAUCGGUUCGCGUUCCGCCGCAGGACCUUCAGGUUCCGAAUUUCGGGGGCGAGAGCUUCGAGAGAUUCGGAGGUGCAUCCGUAUCCUCAUCCGGUUCCGGAUCGAGUAGUGGAAGCAGCGAGAGCCAGGAGACCAGCGAUGAGAUGCGGCAGCAGCUGAAGGAGCUCCUCGGCGAUCAGUUGGCCAACGCCUUCGUUCCCUUGGCAACCACUCCCUUUUCCCCGGGAAUAAUUUCACCCACCUCGGGUUCAGCGGCACGGCAACAAUUUGCAGCCGAUGGGGAUCAGGAUCCGAACCAGGAGCCCAAUGAAGGGGAAUCCCCUGAGGAAGGGGGCGAGGAGGAGGAGGAGGAGGAAGUGGAGCAGGCCACUGAGCAACCACAACCACUUCCACCGCCGAUUCCCCAACCCGAUGGAGUCGGUGGGCAGGAGGAGCUCCCUGGAGGAGGGGAGGAGCUACCAGGCGGUCAGGAGGAGCUUACAGGUGGCCAGCAGGAGGUGGAGGACUAUAAUCCCUGGCGGGAUAAUUUCUACGACAUCAACGAGGACGGCAGCUAUGUCUUUGGUUACUCAAUUCCGCAUGGCGUUCGUCGCUGGGAGAAGGGUUUCUUUUCGGAGGAGCAACAUGGCAAGGUGGUCGAGGGCUUCUACGUCCAACCAACCCACAUUGCCCAGGGCCUGAGAUACGAACUGCGAUGCUAUAGGGCCGAUGCCAAUGGAUAUCAGCCCCUGCCAGUGGAGUUUCUAGCGACGCCGCCGAUCGUGAGACGCGAUGAAGUGCCCCAGGUCAACUGCUUCCGUAAAAGUCGACGAUUAUAA